AUGUCCCUCAACAUCACCCGCUCUCUCGCGCGAAGUCGCAUGAUUCCAUUUCUUCCCACCCGCAAUGUCUGUCUGCAAUGCCGCCGCACAUACGCCACUCCAGUCCCCCCAACCCCGCCAGCGCCGCCUCUCCUGCUCAAGCUCAAAGGGGAUCUCAAGACGGCGAUGAAGGCCAAGGACACCAACCGUCUCAAUGUUCUCCGAACCCUCCUAGCCGAAGUGGCAAACUCCGCCAAAACAUCAAAUCCCAUCAAGUCCGACUUGCAGCUGCUGUCUAUAUUGCGGAAACGCGCAGCAGCUGCGAAGAAUGCCGGCGAGGAGGCCAAAGCAGCAGGUCGAGAGGACUUGGUGGAGAAGGAGAAUCAGCAGGCGGCGGUCAUGGAGGAGUAUGCGGGGAGCGUGGAGACCCUUUCCGAGGAGCAAAUCCGAGAAGCCGUCAUUGCGGUGGUGGAUGGGGUGCAGGGAGGCAGUGGGAGUAACAUGGGCCAGGUACUGAAGAAGGUCAUCGGUCCUGGAGGCAGUCUGGAAGGAAAGCCGGUGGAUCGCGCAGAGGUCGCGAGGAUUGUCAAGCAGGUCUUGGGGCAGUGA